GCUGGCAUAGCUGAGGUGCUGCAGGCAGUUGCUGAAACCGGCAAGGUUCCAACUGCAGCGUCCAAGAGCACGGUCAAGCGUCGGCGAGACGCUGCCGUGGACCUGGAAACACCAUAUGGCAAGUAUGUGCUGCAUACGGAACACAACAGUGACAAUUUCACGCUGUCGACCGACCAGAGCGUCUGGGCUAUCGUUGACCACUUGCAGCAUCAAGCAGCUUUGCCCGGACUCAGCAAGAAGAAAUUCGCCGAUGAAGAGGCCUGGCCACAAGCCAAGAGGCUGCAGAAGUCCAUCAAGAAGGCUCUGGAAUUGCUCCACGCUGAGAUUAGCAAACAGAAGCUGAACCGUGAGAAAAGGGCCUUGCAG